AUGCCUUUGAACUCGCUCACCAUUAGAGAAUUCACCACUUCUCGCGGGGUCAGGUAUACUUACCGCUACGCCGCGCCUCAGGCGGAUCGCCCGACGCUCCUGCUGCUGCAUGGCUUCCCCUCGACGCCGCACGACUGGCGACACCAGAUCGCGCACUUCGGUGCCAAGGGCUAUGGCCUCAUCGUACCAGACAUGCUAGGCUACGGCGGCACGGACAAGCCUGGCGACCCUGCGGAAUACAUCGGCGCGAAGCAGUCGCGGGACUUCGUCGAUCUUGUUGAGCACGAGAAGGCGGAGAGGGUGAUUGUGGUUGGGCAUGACUGGGGUACUAUGCCAACUGCGUAUCUUGCAGUCUUGCACCAGCAUCGCUUCCUCGGGUUCGUGCACCUCUCCGUCGGUCUCGCGAUCAGGCGGGGAUUUUACCUGGAGGAAGUCAUGGUCGCCAUGAAGCAAAAAUUCGGCACCGAACUGUUUGGAUACUGGGCCUUCUUUAACAAGGACGAGGCUGCAGACAUCAUUGAGAAGAACGUCGACUCCCUGUUCGACCUACUCUAUCCCAAGGAUCCAGCGCUAUGGAAGACGCACAUGACCCCAGUCGGUGCCGCGGACGUGUUCUUGACUGAAGGCAGGCAACAUGGGGCGGGCGACUACGUCGCGGAAGAGCACCGCGAGAUCUGGCGACAGGCCUUCACGAACAACGGCCUCUCGGGCCCGCUCAACUGGUACAAGAUGGCUUGCCGGGGGUUACAGGACAGCGAUGGUCUCGAUAUCUCGCCAGCCACCGUCAAGGUUCAGAAGCCCUUCCUGUACAUUGGCGGGUCAAAGGACUACGUCUGCCUCCCCGAGCUGCAUGCGGACGAGAACCUGAAGAAGGCGUGCGAGGAUCUUCGGGUAGAGGUGUUCGACGCGGGCCACUGGCUUCAGCUCGAGCUGCCAGACCAAGUGAACGGGACGAUCGAGAAGUGGGUGGAGGAGAAGGGGCUGGCGACCGUCGAAGCGAAGGCCUGAAACUGGCGCGUGCACACCAGGGCACCGAGGUCGACUUGGGUGGACAGAACAGGACAGGCUAGCAUGGGCACCUCGUCGCUCGUGGAAUCCCUGAAAGGCACGGAG